AACCCAAAUUUAUAAAACAGAGCGCAAAAUCAGAGACACGUUUGUCUCUGAUUUUGAAUUAUUUCAUUGCAGCCACGCUCUCUGACGCUCUUAACCUUAAUCGGCUCAAGAACAAAUUAACCUCAAAUCUUCGAAUUGGAAACACUGUUUGAAUUUCAGACUGUGUUGUGUGGUUUUAAGCCCUUAAACUAUCCAGAAUGGCUGAAGCUUAUCCAGAAGUAUCAGCGUGCCACCACUCAGAAGAUGACGACUCGGAGGAUUGGGAUGAGGAUAUGGAACUGGGGGGCGAGCAGACAACCUGUCUUUUUUGCCCGCUUCAUUUUCACACUAUAGCAGUCGCCCUUGAUCACUGUCGAACCGCACACAAUUUCGACUUGCUGGCGUUGAAAAACAAAUACAAUAUGGACUGUUAUUCCUAUAUUAAAAUGAUCAACUACAUCAGGCUGCAGAAGCCCGAGCCGAAGAUGCUGCUUGAUACUACCGUAGCCCUAUGGGAAGAUGACUGUUACUUAAAACCUGGCGAAAUCGAGCCCUGGCUAAUGUAUGAUUUUGAUGACCUGGGUAGCGCCCCGUCCACCCCACACUAUGCAAUCGAUGGGAAAACUCCAAUUAGCAGCUUAAACUUUGCAGAUUUGCAACAGACUAUCCAGGAUCUCAAUUUACAGAUAAAACACAGAGACUUGCUGAUCGAGAGCUACAAGAAGGACAUGGAGAAAAUGCGGCAGGUUGCUAAGCUGAUAGUUGGUAGUGAAGACUCUUCCAUUCCAGACAGACAAGUGGUAGUUGAUAGUACUGUUACUGAUGGCGCAGAUUAUUUCAGUUCGUAUUCGCAUUAUGGGAUACAUCACGAAAUGCUCAAUGAUAAACGCCGGACUGAAAGCUACCGAGAUGCAAUUUUAAGCAACCCCGGUUGCAUCCAAGGAAAAGUGGUGCUCGAUUUGGGUUGCGGAACCGGCAUUCUCUCAAUGUUUUGUGCCAAAGCUGGAGCCAAAACUGUACUUGGUGUGGACCAGUCCGAAGUCGUCUAUAAAGCAAUGGAUAUCGUACGGGAAAACUCCUUGCAAGACCGCGUUCAGCUGAUCAAGGGCCAACUGGAGAAAACUGAGCUGCCAGUGGAGAAGGUUGAUGUAAUCGUAUCGGAGUGGAUGGGCUAUUUCCUGCUCUUCGAAGGCAUGCUCGACAGUGUGGUUUAUGCCAGGGAUAAAUACUUGGCGAAAGGGGGCUUGUUGCUUCCUAACAGAUGCAGUAUUCGCUUGUUUGGAGUAUCAGAUCAAGAGCGCUAUGACAAUCUAAUUAACUUCUGGGACAACGUUUAUGGGUUCUCAAUGAAAUGUAUGAAGCCAGAUAUUCUGCAGGAAGCCAACGUGGAAGUGGUGCCCAGUGACAAAGUCCUUACAAACUCCGUUGUUGUAACGGAGAUUGAUAUAAAUACCUGCACUACAUUAGUAUGCAACUUCAAACGGGAGUUUCAACUCACCGCUCUCAGAAGCGGCGUUUUAACGGCCAUUGGAGGGUAUUUUGAUACGUUCUUUGACCUCCCCAAUAAAGUGGAGCUGACUACUGGGCCACAUGCUGAAAAAACGCACUGGCAACAGACCGUUUUUUACUUGAGAGAUGUGGUGGAAUUAACAGAAGGACAAUCGAUCAAGUGCUCAAUUUUAUGCUCCAGGCUCAAGAGGAACGUUCGUGGAAUUUCGGUUGUGUUAACUAUAGCCAAUUCUAGUUACGAAUAUGUGGUAGAUUAAACCAAAAGGAGUUUCUCAUUUGUAAGGUAAAACCCGCGUUAUUUUUGCAUUUAGCCGCAAGUUUAUUAAAUGUGAAGCUUCUUGGCUAUUUAUACUUUUUACUGAAAAAAAAACAAUACAGACCUAUAUUACAAAAUAAUUUAUUUAAAUAAGCUAAGUUAAAAGCCAUUAUUUCUUAUUCUAAACACCUGAUUGAGGGGGUUGUAGGGUGUCCUUUGCGUCGUGUAGUACGACACUCUUCGGUCGAAAUCCACCUGAACGUCCGCUCUUAGUAUAACUACGCCUAUAAAUUGAAAGUUUCCAUUUAGUUUUUUUUUGGGGGGCGUUAAAAUCGGUUUACUCACCUGAAGGAUUGACUUUCACUUUUAUUUUGGUUUGAGGGGACAAUACUCCGUAGUCAACGUCUUCGUAUAAGUCCUGAAAGAGGCACAUUUAAUAAAAAUUUCAUUCUCUG